ACCGGAAGCGCGCAGAGAGUGGAUGCGCUGAAACAGGAAGCAGUUCCGCGCACCGCUAACAGACCAGACGUGGCAAAAGAACCGUUGGUUUGAUCCGAACGACAGCGUCGGUUAUUAUUUAUCACUGGUUUAUUGUAGCUCGAGAUUAUGGCCUCCGGUGCGGGCAAAUGGGAGGUGGUGAAGAAAGGAAAGAAACAGAACAUCAGCAGCAGCUCCGGGGGAAAAACUCAGGAGAAGAAACCCGGCCGGAACGCGCUGAGGGACGCUAACACUGACAGCAACUACGUGAUGUCUGAGACCAUAUUCGACGGCUUCGAGAAGAUUGGGAAGAAGCAGAACAAGGAGCAGGUUCCUCCAGCGACCGAACCCCAGCAGAAGAAACCCAAUGCAGCCAAACAGACCAAAAAACCCCCCGCCAGCGCCAGCAGCAAACCCACACGCUACAAGAGCCUGGAGGAGGCGGUCAGAGCCCUGGAUGUGCUGGAGCUGAAGCAGAUGCUGGAGAAGAGUCAGAGUCUGUUUCCUGAGAAUCCGAGCGUCUGGGUGAAGGAUCUGGCCGGAUACCUGAACUACAAGCUCCCAGCGCCGGACACCGAGCCCACGCUCAGCAGCUACGCUCACGAUUACCCAUACUGCCUCGCUGGUAAGGAGCUGAAGGCCGUCAUCAGAAACCUGCUGGGCAAGUGUUCAGACGCGCUGCCCGAGUUCUUGGACCACUGUGUGUUUACGAUGUUACGAGAGCAGGACCGACAGCCGGGUGAAUCUCUGCAUGGAUACAGGAUGUGCAUCCAGGCUCUCGUGCAGGACAAACCCCAGAUCGUCACGCUGAACCUCGCUGACCACCUGGAGCUGCUGCGCUCCCAUCAGAACCGUCCGGUCAAGUGUCUGACCAUCAUGUGGGCUCUGGGACAGGCGGGAUUCUACGACCUCAGCCAGGGCAUCAGAGUUUGGUUGGGGAUCAUGCUUCCAGUUCUUGGGAUGAAGGCUCUGUCUGCGUAUGCCAUUGCUUAUCUGGAGCGCCUCCUCACUCUUCAUGCCAACCUGACCAAAGGAUUUGGGAUCAUGGGCCCGAAGGAGUUCUUCCCGCUGCUGGACUUUGCUUACAUGCCCAAAAAUGCCCUGUCCCCGAGUCUGCAGGAGCAGUUGUGUCGUCUUUACCCGCGGCUCAAGGUCCUGGCGUUCGGAGCCAAACCCGAAUCGACGCUGCACACGUACUUCCCGUCGUUCCUGUCCCGAGCCACACCGAACUGCCCUGACGCCAUGAAGAAAGAGCUGCUCCGGAGCCUGACCGAGUGUUUGACGCUGGACGGACAGAGUUUGAGCGUCUGGAGACAGUUAUACACCAAACACCUGCCUCAGUCCAGUCUUCUGUUGAAUCACCUGCUGAAGUCCUGGAACACACUUCCACCGAAGUUGCAGAAAAACCUUCAGGACACCAUCCAGUCGUUCAAAGUGACCAAUGACGAGCUCCAGAGCAGCACAAACACACAGCACAUCAGCGACUGCAACUCGCUCUGCCACUCUCUGCAGCAGAAGAUGCACGGUCGGGGGUUCCCCUGGUGGCGCAUGCUGAUGAUGUCACUGGUGUUCUUCGGGGGCUUCGUUGCGCAUGACAUCAGGUCACAGGGGUCGUUCGCCGGCUCCACCACAGAUGUGUACUUGGAGAGGUCAGGGGUCAAGGCCGUAUCCCAGCAGGCCUGGAGUAAAGUGUCACACUACAGUCAGCUGGGCGUCAGCUGUCUGGCGGAGAACACGCCGCACUUUUACUCUCUGGUGCUGGAGAGCACUGCGCCGCUGCUGGAGGACGCUCGCGAGCGGAUGAAGGUCGCCGGACUCUUCCUCGCUCAGAGGAGCUCUGAGAUCUGGCUGUGGCUGCAGGAGAACGUGCCGCUGCUCAUCCAAUGGGUCCACACACACACUCCGGAGAGUGUGUUUGAGAUGCUGGAGUAUGUGAAGCAGCUGCUGCUGUACGUCCAGGAGCGUGUGCUGGUGCCAGCGCUGCAGUGUGUGAGCGCAGCGCUUCAGAGCGUCUGGAGGAGCCUGCAGGAGUCCUGCGACGGCGAGGUGUCGCUCCACUGCUUCCAGAAGCACCUGAGAUCCUUCACCAACAGCACCUGGGUUUACCUGCAGGACGCCACGUCUGCGGCCAAGAGCCGAGCGCAGGAGCUGCUGUCCAGAGCGUGAUGCACACACACCCUUUCUGUUUUCUUUGCUCUUUUUCGUCAGUUUGCAUGAUUUUAUAUCUGUUGUACUGACAGGUCUGUCUUUUAUGCGGAUGUUUUUCAUGGUGUUCUAGCUCUGUGUGGAUCACUAAUGACUACUGCUGCUGGCUGAGCUCUGUACUUGAACACUGAACAUUAUUAAUGUGACUGAUUUACUGUCUGUCCUCAAACCCACCGGACCCUCAACAACACGGGUUGCUAUGGAAACCACAUUGUUGAAAUACAAUGUAUCGUUUGAAGCAGAUGUGUCCUGUAAGAUGAGCUGAUUUGUUACUUUGUAAAUGAUUUAUAAAUAAACCAAUGCUGUUCAGUCCUGCUCACA